AUCACCAUGGCCGCCGGGAAACAAAACCAAGCUGCCGCAAAGAAGGGGGUUGCGCCGCGCCAGCAGCACUACGAGUUUGGCGGCCCCAUCGGCGCCUUUGGCAUCACCUUUGGCCUCCCUAUUCUCGUCCACGUCUUCAACCUUUUCUGCAACGACAUCUCGGGCUGCCCCGCGCCCUCGCUCCUCCACCCCAAGUCUCUCGACCUCGCCCAGCUCAAGCGCGAAAUCGGCUGGCCUGACAAUGGCGUCUUCGGCCUCUUCUCGUGGUCCGCCACGCUGUGGACUUUGGCUUACUACGCCCUUUCGCUCGUUCAAUACCGCUUUCUCCCCGGCCACCACGUCGAGGGAACCGAGCUGAGCACCGGCGGCCGGCUCAAGUACAAGCUGAACGCUUUCAACUCGGCCAUGUGCACCUUGGCCAUCCUGGCUGCCGGCACUAUCGCUCAGGGCGCCGAGUUCCCCGUUUGGACUUUCAUUUCCGACAACUUUGCCCAGAUCAUCAGCGCCAAUAUCCUCUUCGCUUUCGCCCUCGCCAUCUUCGUCUACGUCCGCAGCUUUGAGGUGAAGCCGGGUAACAAGGACAUGCGCCAGCUAGCAGCAGGCGGUGUCACCGGCUCCCUCAUCUACGAUUUCUACAUUGGUCGCGAGCUCAAUCCUCGCAUCACCCUUCCCCUCAUCGGUCAAGUAGACAUUAAGGAAUUCAUGGAAAUGCGCCCUGGUCUUCUGGGCUGGAUCAUUCUCAAUUGCGCCUUCAUCGCCAAGCAAUACCGCCUUUACGGCUACGUCACCGAUUCGAUUCUCUUCAUCACCGCCAUCCAGGCUUUCUAUGUCUUUGACGGAAUCUACAUGGAGCCGGCCGUCUUGACUACGAUGGAUAUCACUACCGACGGCUUCGGGUUCAUGCUGAGCUUCGGAGAUGUCGUUUGGGUGCCCUUCAUGUACUCGACUCAGACUCGCUACCUUGCCGUCCAUCCUCAGCAGCUGGGCGCUUUCGGACUGAUUGCUGUUGGUGCUGUCCUGGCUGCUGGCUAUAGCAUCUUCCGCCUGUCCAAUUCGCAGAAGAACAACUUCCGCAGGAACCCCGAGGAUCCCAGUGUUAAGCACCUUACCUACCUCCAGACCAAGACUGGAUCGAGACUCAUUACCUCGGGAUGGUGGGGCAUCGCUCGCCACAUCAACUAUCUCGGUGACUGGCUUCAGAGCUGGCCUUAUUCUCUCCCGACCGGCAUUGCUGGCUACCAGAUCUUGAGCGCCGGCAGCAAUGCUCCUGGUGCAAUUACCAUGCUCGACGGGCGCGAAGUUGUCCAGGGCGAGGCGAGAGGCUGGGGUAUUGUUUUCACUUACUUUUACAUCUUGUACUUUGCCAUUCUCUUGAUCCACCGCGACCUCAGAGAUGACGAGAAGUGCUCCAAGAAGUAUGGCGAGGCUUGGGAAAAGUACAAGAAGCUUGUCAAGUGGAGAAUUGUCCCUGGUAUCUACUAGCCGGAUGGAUGAUAUUCUGAGGCUGUGUGGUUGUGGUUUGGAUACCCAGGAGGGCUUCCUCUGUUAUCUGCAGUUGGUGCGAGAAACUGUGGAUGAUGUAAAUAGUGUAACGAAACAAGCCAACAGCUAGACUCAAUAGGGGUGUAAUGAAACUAUAAUACUCAUAGA